GCGGCACCGCCCCCGCGGCGGCCACGUUAACAGGGCGGGAGCCGGGCCGUGCUCGCCGUGCUGUGCCGGGGUGCGGGCGCCUGGUGCGGGCGCGGGGCCGUUGGCACAGUAAAAAUGUCUUCGCCUCCUAAAGAGAAAGCAGAGACGCGGGCCGGACACCCUCCUGCUGUGAAAGCUGGUGGGAUGCGGAUUGUGCAGAAACACCCACACAAUUCUGAUGCCAAAGAAGAAAAAGAUAAGGAUGACCAAGACUGGGAAACCAGCAGCCCACCUAAACCAGCGGUGUUCAUCUCCGGUGUCAUUGCUAGGGGUGAUAAGGACUUCCCUCCAGCUGCAGCUCAGGUGGCUCAUCAGAAACCACAUCCUUCUGUGGAAAAGCUUCCUCACCCACAGCACGUCAAACAGCACAUCCACCAGCCUCGCAAAUGAGCUCCCCGUCAGGAUCUCUGCCAAACUGCUCUCAGUGACUAAGUUUUCAAGAGAAGACAAAAACCCUUUAGUAUUCACACUGUCAAAUCAGUAAAAUUGGCCUCUAAAAUAAUACGCUGUUUCUUUUACUUUAAUUCUCAAGGGUUAAGAAGAAUGAAGACAUUUUUCAGUUGUUAUCCCAGAUGGAAAAUUCUGUAUUGAGUAUUUGCUGAUCAGGGGUGCUUUUUUAUAAGAUUUUCUUAUUGCCAAGAUAAAAACUUCAGUACGAAUAAUAGGAUUAAUGAGCUUAAAAUGUGUACUUUUAGUUAUGGACUCACAGUAGCAGAUAGUUAAUGUAGUUAUUAUGCUAAGCCAGUAAAGAAGAACAGCCCUUUUGUACUGGUACGUUUACUGUCUGGAGGGAGUUCGUUGUGUGUGUUGAGACAGAAGUCAGUGGUUGUCUUGAUUACAUAGAACCAUUGCAGCCUUCAGUAUCCUAUGGUGUUACACCCUAGUGCCCUCUGGAUUCAGCCAGGGAGAUGAUAAAAGGGCCCUCAUACAUUCUCAAGUGGGCAGAGAUCCCGCUGAAUCUUCUUUACACCCCUUUGCACUCGCACAGUCUUGCUGAGAUUUUUCCCUCUGGUGGUCUAUGGGUAUGGAGAGGAGAGAGAAAUCAAAAUUACAAGAACACUGCUGCUGUAGACAACUCAUUUGUGAUCUCAUGAGUCUCACUGGGGAGACAUUUCUGAGGAGAUGAUUUCCCAUUCCAACAACAAGCUGAAGGAAUUCAUGACCCUCCAUACUGCAUUUAAAAUAAGUUGGUGAAAAAUCUGUUUACCUUUUUUAAUUUUGAAUUUGAGAUGACCAUUUGAAAUUAAGAGAUACUGUUAGUAAAUAUGUUUAUGAUCCAACCUCUUUUGCACAUCAUGUUUUUUCCUAGUCUUCUUAUUCUGAAGGACAGUAGUGAUACAAGGGAGUAAAAAGUGUUUUCAAAUAGAGCAAUUGUUUUAGUUUUAACCACAUAAUUAAAUUGAUUUCUCAGUUCAAAAUUACUUAGCUCUUUCAUUUUCCUUCUAUAACUCAUCUCUGUAAAAACCAGGAAAAAAAUUUUAUGCAUUCUACCUACAUUUUUAAAGUGUCCUUCUAUUUUUAACUGACUAAAAAUACGAUACAGCUUUUAGUACUCUCCAGGUUUAUAAAGUUCCUAAUGGUGUCAAAAAAGUGGGAGCUAAUGCUGCAACCAUUCACCUGGAAAAUCAGUGAAAUUUUGGGGUCACUUGGGGCUUUACCAGUUAAUUUAUGGUUAAAAAACAGUGAGGAAAGUUUAAAAAAUAUUAUUUUUUUUAAAUUCUUCAGAUUAAAUAAUUGUUUCCUGAGUAGCUGUUUUAAAACAACAGCAACAAAAUAAUGGGAAGUAUGGCCCGUUUCACAAGUGGAAUAACUCACUUCAUGUGGGUGCGAGGGACCUGACAUUUCCAUCUCUUCACAGGCUUGAAAUGGAAAUGAUGUUUUGAAAAUUAUAUGCUUGGAUAUAUUUAUUCUAAACCCAAGGAAGGAUGUACAAUCUAUAUAUGCAGCCCUUAUUUUCAAUUUGAUUAGAUAACCAUACUUGCCUUAAGGAACGAGUGUUGUUUGUAAGAAUUAUUCUGUAUUAGAAUAUGCGUAACUUUUCAAAUACGUUUUCUGUUUCUGAUGUCAGUGCAGCAGAGGCCUUGUUUGUAGCUGCUUAUGAGUGUAAAAGUGAUUCACACCUGAGCAACUCAUUUAUAAGGGUAGCAUUGUUGAGCCUCUUGGAAUCUCUGCAGGAGAUGCUUUGCUGGCAGGAAUGUUUGCGGGCUUGGGACAGGGAGCGGUUGAUGGUGCAGCCCGGAGCUGCCUGUGUGCUGCGUCAGCUAUGGAGCGGAUCAUUGCAGGCACUUCUGGUACCUGCUGGCCUGAGGGGGAGCUGGGUGGGAUUCAGCUCUGCCUUGUGCUGUGCCUACAUCUGAGACACUGUCUAGACCCCAGUGUAGUCAGUGGUGGUGCAGUCAGGACAGUAAGUAGAGUUUAGGUACAGCAUCAUUGACCAAAGGGAAGUGUCUUUCAGGAUGAGCUGGAUCACUCUUGGCUCCAUUGACUGCAGUGGAAAACUAAACCUCAGUGUGGAGGCACAUUGUGAGGUGGGGCUGGGUACCUCUGCUCCAUGUCUUGUAACAAACAGCUGGUAGAAAUGCUUUGGAAAGCCACACCACAUCUCCAUUCUGACAGUAAAAGUUUGGAGCACGGAUGCUUUCGAAUUACAAACUACUGCUCCUGGUUGUUAAUGCAAUAUAUACAGCAUAUAUAAACAAUACCUGAUUUUUGUCUCUGAUUACUUAGAUAGAUAUGUGAGUUUGUACAAUGGAGUAUGGCUCUUAAGAUAGCUUUAGUGGCUUUUUAGAGUGCAGGAAUUUGUAUAUGCUUAGAAAAUGUCUCUGUAUGAAAGCGUAUUAUAUAUUGUUGGGAGGUAUCCAUGUUUAUACAUAGAUGUCCUUACCAAAGCAUUACCUUGUCCAAAAUAAUCAAAACUGGUGAACUGGAUUUCUUACUAAUGGUUACUGAUACUUUAAAAAUCUGUUGCAAUAGCAUAUAAGCACAGGAGAUGUUCAGAUGUUACCUUGAAAUGACUGCAAAAUAAAUUUCCUGUAGUUGUCAAUGUGGCAAUAAUGCAACAAUAAAGCAUGAAGUUGUA